AUGUCGGGCAAACUAAUCAUGAAGCGCAAACGAGCGAGUCAGGAGGAGCAGCUGCAGCAGCAACAGCAGCAACAACAUCAGCAACAACAGCAGCAACAGGACGAGGAGCCAGCUCCAGAGAAGCGCCAUCGUCCUCUAACCCCACCGGCUGAGGAUCCCUCAGAGGAUCAGGCGUCUCGGCCAGACUCCGCCAACCGUAUCCUUCUAGAAGCUCUGCAAAAGAUAAUGGAACUGCAAUCCGAACUGGAUGCCUUUGAGCAGGAUCUGGACGAGCGUGACGCAGCUGCGGCUGGACGGGAGGAUCCCGAUGCCGAUUCAGAUACCGAUCCCGAGGACGCCGAGGUGGCUGCCCAGUUUGCGCCAGCACCAGCAGCCACUCCUGCCCAGCGCAGUCAGGCGGAAGCCCUGGGCUUUGCCAUGUGCGCCCGGGAAACGCUACUCUUUCUGCAGAGCGAGGGUGUGCCCACAGAAUCACCGCUCUACCAGACGCUUCUCGGCAAGCUGGUGGGCCAGAGCGAUGGACUGCUGAACGCCUGA